AUGCUCUACGCUGACGACGCGGCCAUCGUCUCGCGCUCCACGGAGAGUCUCGAGAAGAUGAUGUCGGUCAUCGUGCGCGUGGCCGGCGUGUUCCGACUGACGGCAUCGGAGCCAAAGACGGAAAUCAUGUGCAUGCUGCCGAAAGGGAUCGAGGAACGCCCGUUCACGUUCAGCGCCGCCGGCGAGACGUACAAGCAGACAGAUCGGGUGNAGAGUCUCGAGAAGAUGAUGUCGGUCAUCGUGCGCGUGGCCGGCGUGUUCCGACUGACGGCAUCGGAGCCAAAGACGGAAAUCAUGUGCAUGCUGCCGAAAGGGAUCGAGGAACGCCCGUUCACGUUCAGCGCCGCCGGCGAGACGUACAAGCAGACAGAUCGGGUGGUGUACCUCGGACGUACCAUCUGCGCGGACGGGAAGGCCGACCGGGAGAUCACGAGCCGCAGCUGCCGAGCGUGGAAGUGCUACCGCCGGAACAGUGCUUCGAUGUACGACAGGCGACGGGCCGACCGCCAGCUCAAGAUCCGGCUACUCCAGGCUGAAGUGGUGCAGACUCUCCCAUACGGGGGCGCUUCGUGGAGCCUAGCAGCGGAGCACUACACGAAGCUUAAUGGAACCCACCGCCAGUUCCUUACACGGUGCAUCGGCUGGAGCAAGCGGAAACGCUCAGACCGCCCCCUGUCCUAUGCUCAGGCCUCAUCCAGGCCGGCUGCGAGGAAACCAUCGAGGCCACCGUGCGCAAACGGAGGCUGUGUUUCGCGGGCGUCGUUGUGCGCAUGGAGGACAACCGUCUCCCCAAACGCAUGCUGCUUGGAGCGAUGGCGGGGGGCGUGGGAUACCGGGGCGGGCAGGAGAGCGACUGGAUGUCUCGUCUAG